AAUCCAUUUAUCGCCGAGGCGCCCGCCGGUGGCGAAAGCUGUAUUGUGCAAAUGGUCACACUUUCCAGGCCAAACGAUUUAACAGGCGAGCUCAUUGUGCCAUCUGCACUGACAGAAUUUGGGGUCUGGGUCGCCAGGGAUAUAAAUGCAUCAACUGUAAACUCCUUGUUCACAAGAAGUGUCACAAGCUUGUCAAUAUUGAAUGUGGCCGCCAUACACUACAACCCGAGCCAAUAAUGCCUAUGGAUCCAUCAUCAGUGCAUCAAGAUAAUGUAGAAUCAGUGAUUCCAUAUAAUCCCUCAAGUCAUGAGAGUUUGGAUCAUGUUGGUGAGGAAAAAGAGGCAAUGAGCAUUAGAGAAAGUGGCAAAGCUUCUUCCAGUUUGGGUCUUCAGGAUUUCGAUUUGCUUCGAGUUAUAGGAAGAGGCAGUUAUGCUAAAGUGCUGCUUGUUCGAUUAAAGAAAACCGAACGCAUUUAUGCAAUGAAAGUGGUGAAAAAAGAACUUGUCAACGAUGAUGAGGAUAUUGAUUGGGUUCAGACAGAGAAACACGUCUUCGAACAGGCUUCAAAUCAUCCUUUUCUUGUUGGACUACACUCUUGCUUCCAGACAGAAAGCAGGCUGUUCUUUGUUAUAGAAUAUGUAAAUGGAGGAGAUCUAAUGUUUCACAUGCAGAGACAGAGAAAACUGCCCGAGGAGCAUGCCAGGUUUUAUUCUGCUGAAAUCAGUCUAGCAUUGAACUAUUUACAUGAACGAGGGAUAAUCUACAGAGAUUUAAAACUGGAUAAUGUGCUACUAGAUUCUGAAGGACAUAUUAAACUCACAGAUUAUGGCAUGUGCAAGGAAGGGUUGAGGCCUGGAGACACAACCAGCACAUUCUGUGGGACUCCAAACUAUAUUGCUCCUGAAAUUCUCCGGGGAGAGGAUUAUGGCUUCAGUGUAGACUGGUGGGCACUGGGUGUACUCAUGUUUGAAAUGAUGGCAGGCAGGUCACCAUUUGAUAUUGUUGGAAGCUCCGAUAAUCCUGAUCAGAACACAGAAGACUAUCUUUUUCAAGUCAUCUUAGAAAAACAGAUACGAAUUCCUCGAUCUCUUUCUGUUAAAGCAGCAGGUGUUCUAAAGAGUUUCCUGAAUAAGGAUCCAAAGGAGCGUUUAGGCUGCCACCCUCAGACAGGAUUUGCAGAUAUUCAGGGACAUCCAUUUUUUCGCAACGUUGAUUGGGAUUUGAUGGAGCAAAAGCAAGUGGUUCCUCCGUUUAAACCAAAUAUAUCUGGAGAAUUUGGUCUGGAUAACUUUGAUUCCCAAUUCACCAAUGAACCUGUGCAGCUCACUCCAGAUGAUGAUGAUAUUGUGAAGAAGAUUGACCAGUCUGAAUUUGAAGGCUUUGAAUAUAUAAAUCCUCUUUUGAUGUCAGCUGAGGAAUGUGUCUGAAUUACCCAUUUCUGGACUGUGCCAAUUGCUACCGUUUGUUUCUGCAUGGAUAAAUAUCUCUUCAUUUGAUGCAGUUGCAUAAAAUGAAUAACUAAAUAUCUUUCUCUUGCCACUUAGUGUGGAUUACUCAUUAUUUUCUUUUGGUAUUAAUUGUCAUCCUGAACAGUUGUUAUUUUGAACCUUGGGCUGCCAGAAGGUGAAAUCUGCAAAUUUCCCAAUAGUCUUGCCAAACUUGAAUUUUAAUAUAGAAGUUUAUCUGUAGGAUUCCUGACUGAACAAGGGGUCUGGCUGUAUAAUUAGCCAGUGCAGCAUUCUGUUAAAGGAAACUCUUCUUACUGCUUUAAGAAUACAAAUUGCAUUAGGGAACAUACUAAAUAUUCCUAAAGGGCUUCUAUUUUUUGCAGCAAGACAGAUAAGACCUCAUGACUUUGGUAGUGCUAAAUCUGUCCUAUCUGAACAUCUGAUUUCUGUGUUCUCCUUUGACUCCAGAAGUUACAGGUAAAUUAUUGCCCUUUAGAUUUAAAUGAUAGUAAGGAGAACUU